CUCUCUUCCUUCCUCUCUCCCUCAACACACAACUUAGGGGUGUAUGUGUUCAGACCUCUUAGGCUUCCCAUAUAAAUGCUCCAGACUUUCUGCAGAAUUUUAAAAUCAAGGCAUAUCUUUCCUCUCUGGAUUCAGUUGACCGACUUGUAAACUGUGUGGACUUUUUUUUCUUUCUUUCUUUCUUUCUUUCUUUCUUUCUUUCUUGAGUCAUGUUACUACUGAGAACUUUAUUUUCUCUCCAGUCAGCCAUUAGCUAAGUCCAGGAGCCUUGGAACUUUUCAGCCAGUGGGGUCCUCCGAGGCUGGUGUUUUUUGUUUUAACUUCCCUUUCUCAGUAAAUUCUAUAAGCAGAAACUGCAACUGAAUGGGCCAACGAAAUCAGAGGUGAAUGCUCCUCUGUUAACCUAAGAAAUUCCUUUCCUAACUCAAGACUCCAGGAGCCUGAAUUGUAGGUUCCCUCAAAGAUGCAGGAGAUCUCUGAGGGGAGCUUCCUGUGCUCUCUAGAUGUAACUGUGAUUAGCAGCUUUCAGAACAUCUCAGAGAUUUUGGCCUUUAUUUUCUUUGUCUUUUAUUCUAGAUACAGCCUUUAAAGCUUUACUGUGAAGAAGCCCAGGGAACAAGUAGCCACAGCCCAUUUGCAGAUAAGAGAAGAGGCCUAAGCAGUAUCUGCAGAGCCAGGAGUGUGACUCAGUACUGCUCUCUUUUGUGCACAUACCAUCAACUGCAUGUGGCAGAGCCUUUUGACUAUGCACCAGACACCUUACGUACCUGAAAUUCUUUAAACCUCACAACCCCCCUAUGCGACUCUCUAGAAAGCAUCACAGUGAUGGAGUACAUGAGCACUGGAAGUGACAAUAAGGAAGAAAUUGAUUUCUUAAUUAAACACUUGAACGUGUCCGAUGUAAUAGACAUUAUGGAAAAUCUUUACACAAGUGAAGAGCCAGCAGUUUAUGAACCCAGUCUAAUGACCAUGUGUCAAGACAAUAAUCAAAAUGAGGAGCAUUCAGAAUCUCUGCUGCUCAGUGGCCAAGAGGUGCCUUGGUUGUCAUCGGUCAGAUACGGAACCGUGGAGGAUUUGCUUGCCUUUGCAAACCAUAUAUCCAACACGGCAAAGCGUUUUUAUGGACACCGACCACAGGAAUCUGGGAUUUUAUUAAAUAUGGUAAUCACUCCCCAGAAUGGACGCUAUCAGAUAGACUCUGAUGUUCUUCUCAUCCCUUGGAAGCUGACUUACAGGAAUAUUGGCUCUGAUUUCAUACCUCGGGGGGCCUUUGGAAAAGUGUACUUAGCACAAGAUAUAAAGACUAAGAAAAGAAUGGCAUGUAAAUUGAUCCCAGUAGAUCAAUUUAAGCCAUCCGACGUGGAAAUCCAGGCUUGCUUCCGGCAUGAGAACAUCGCUGAGUUAUAUGGCGCAGUGCUAUGGGGUGAAACUGUGCAUCUCUUUAUGGAAGCAGGAGAGGGAGGGUCUGUUCUAGAGAAACUGGAGAGCUGUGGACCAAUGAGAGAAUUUGAAAUUAUUUGGGUGACAAAGCAUGUUCUCAAGGGACUUGAUUUUCUACACUCAAAGAAAGUGAUUCAUCAUGAUAUUAAACCUAGCAACAUUGUCUUCAUGUCUACAAAAGCUGUUUUGGUGGAUUUUGGCCUAAGUGUUCAAAUGACUGAGGAUAUCUAUUUUCCUAAGGACCUCCGUGGAACAGAGAUUUAUAUGAGCCCAGAGGUGAUCCUGUGCAGAGGCCAUUCAACCAAAGCAGACAUCUACAGCCUGGGGGCCACGCUCAUCCAUAUGCAGACGGGCACCCCGCCUUGGGUGAAGCGCUACCCUCGUUCAGCCUAUCCCUCCUACCUGUACAUAAUCCACAAGCAAGCGCCUCCGUUAGAAGAUAUUGCAGAUGAUUGCAGUCCUGGCAUGAGAUUGCUGAUAGAAGCCGCCUUGGAGAGGAACCCCAAUCACCGCCCAAGGGCAGCGGACCUACUCAAACAUGAUGCCCUAAAUCCCCCCAGGGAGGAUCAGCCACGCUGUCAGAGUCUGGACUCUGCCCUCUUUGAGCGGAAGAGGCUGCUGAGUAGGAAGGAGCUGGAACUUCCUGAGAACAUUGCGGAUUCAUCAUGCACAGGAAGUACUGAGGAAUCUGAGAUGCUGAAGAGACAGCGUUCCCUCUACAUAGACCUUGGGGCCCUGGCUGGCUAUUUCAACCUUGUACGAGGUCCACCAACCCUAGAAUAUGGCUGAUUGAUGGCAUCGUAUGUUUUAGAUGAUUAAGACUUGGUGUUGGGCUCCUGGAAGCUGGUUCUGCUGACUCUAUCCUGGGGCUGUGGCUAGUGAAAUGUGCCAUCCAUUAGCUGGGGAUAUGGGCUCCCGUGACUCAGGAAUGUGACUCCAUGUGGCUCCCCUAGGUUUGAUGCAUGAAGCUGCCCUGGGAGCUGCCAGGUCUAAAAGUUCUCAUUUCUCAGGUGGUGUGACUCCAAGGAAGCUGAGAGUUCGUAGAAGAAUCAUUUCUGGUGACUGACUCCAUUCACUGUGCACUUUGCUCAAAAUUUUUAAAAAUACCGAUCACGAGGAUAAUGUAUUAGCCUGAACUUAGCAUUCUUGGUUCUGAUUUAAGUAUGGGGACUUCAUUUAACUCAGUAUAGUUGUUUUGUACAUAUUGGUGUAUAUAAUAUGAUAUAACUUCUUGAGCCUCUGUAGGUAGAUUGUAGUAUAAAUUAACGUCAUUAUAUUUCGGGUAAAUAGAACAACUUGAAUAUUACAGCAAUAAGCUGAACUAGUGUCUUAAAAAUGGCUGAUUAUUUAGGAGCCAUCUGACAGCAGGCCACUAGUGACAGGUUCUGUUAUGUUCCUAUGGAAACAUUUUGUACUGUAUAUGCUAUGCCUAAAACAUUUAAAACAUGAUGUUUUGAAUGUGGAUAAAACUGUGUAAACCACAUAAUUUCUGUACAUCCCAAAGGAUGAGAAUGUGACCUUUAAGAAAAAUGGAAAUGUUUCUAAAUUCUUAAUGAUACUACUUUUGUAACUCUUCUGACUCUACUUUCUCCUAUGCAUUUGUAUAUUAAAGUAGCAUACCAUGUAUGUUUUAUAUCAAAUGCCUCCAGGAAUCUUUCUUGUAUAGACAUAUAUUUUUAACUUUGUGAUUAUGUGCGUAUUUCUCCUUAAGGUAUGUUUUUUACAUCAUGCAAAUGAAACAAACACUUUUAUCCAGAAUAAUUGGCCAAAUCAACUGAAUAAACUCAGUAUUUUGCCUCAAUUCUUUUAAAGAGUAUAAUUCUCAAUGGGGACUGGGGAGUGAGUUAUGGGGUUUGAGAUAUAGGUCAGAGGAGAAUGUGUAUUAUGAGGAAGGAAAAAAACCCAAGAGCUUUGCAAAUUGUUUAUAUGCUCCUCUUCUAUUACUGCAGUGUUAAGCCAUUGUCAUCUGGAUUGUGCCUCUUCGGCACAUCGGGGCAGAGAAAGAAUUGUCAGCCAUUGGUUCAGGCGAAAUGUGAUUCUAUUUUGCCUCUUGUUUUUAUGCAUUCAUACUACCUUUGAAUAUAUUCUUGCCUGCUCUGUG